AAUUUGAUUUAGAAAAAAAAACAAAAAAAAAAAAUAGAAAAGGGAGGGAACAAUUGUAAGGAUGACUGAUAUUGAUCCUUUGCAUCAAAAACCUGACUCUAUGGAUGGUUAUGAGGACUUCAUGGAUGAAGAUUGCAUCUCAUUUGAGUCUUGCAGCACAAUUCACAAUCCUGACAAUGACCACCCCCAUGAUCAAGAUGAUGAACAACCUCUUAGGAGGAGGAGAAGGUCUGACCACCUCCAUCAAGGUGGUGGUGAUGAUAUAGCUGAAUCCUCUGCCGCCCGGCAGUCCAGGAUUCUCAGCCGCUGGGCUGCUAGGCAGGCACAGGAGAUGAUCACCACCAUCGAGAGGAGGAACCGUGAGUCUGAGCUCAUCGCCAUCGCUGGCUUGCACGCUGUCUCCACGCUGGACUCGUCUUUCCUUAGGGAGGAGACGCAGGCGUCUCCUCCCACUUCUUCCGGGCGGGCGCCUGAGAGGCCGAGGCCGAGGACUCAGGCGUCUGGGAUUUUGCAGAUGUGGAGAGAGUUGGAGGAUGAGCAUGUUUUGAACAGGGCGCGGGAGAGGAUGAGGCUGAGGGUGAGGAGUGCUGACGUGGCGCAGGCGGAGAGUCAGGUGAGUGAGAGUGAGAAUGGUUAUGGUUCUUCUAGUAGAGAGCAGUCUCCGGAUCUCGGGGAUGUUGAGAGUGAGAGGGUGAGGAAUAUUGUGCGUGGAUUGACAACGGAUCAUUCGUCUAAUGUGAGAGAUAGAAACCAUGAUAAUCGUAGAGGAGAGUGGCUUGGUGAUACUGAGAGGGAGAGAGUGAGGAUUAUCAGGGAGUGGAUGCAGAUGACAAGUCAGCAGAGAGGAGGAGGAGGAGGAGGAGGAGGGGCUCGUGCAAGUCGAAGAGAGGAUCAGCAACGGUCUCUUGGUUCACAAGAUGAGAGAGCACAAGUUCAGAGUGAGGAAGGGAGACGGGAGCAUACUCGUAGAGACUUGAGGAGGCUACGAGGAAGGCAAGCGUUAGUUGAUUUGCUCAUGAGGAUUGAACGAGAGCGACAGAGAGAGCUUCAGGGUUUGUUGGAGCAUCGUGCUGUCUCUGAUUUUGCUCAUCGCAACCGGAUUCAGUCGCUUCUUAGAGGAAGAUUCUUGCGGAGUGAGACACCUGCGGAGGAAGUUAGAGCUCCAUCAGUGGCAGCAAGUGAAAUUCGCCAACUAAGAGAAAGACAAACAGUUUCGGGUUUGCGGGAAGGAGCUCGUGAUAGGCCAGAAAGCAACACUAACGCCGAUAACAUCAAUACAACCAGGAGUAACCAAAUAACAGCUAAUACUUCUGAGGAUUCUCAGCUGCUAAAUGAGAGUUUAAAUUCUUCUAGACAGGGGAAUGGUACCCCUCUCUUACCUAAUGAUUUGGGCAACUCGGGAAGUAACCAACCAAAUCCAGAUAGAAAUUGGGAUGGAGAUACCAGUCAAGAAAGAGCUUGGUCUGAAGUUUUCACAACAGACGAGAGGCGAGAUUUGCUGCAAGCAACGUUAAGCCAGUUCAGUGAAAGGGAUAACGGGCCUGAAAACUCAGUUGGUGACCUGCACCAAGACGGAACUGGAAACAACUCAAAUGAAACUGUUAUAGUGGAAGGUCAGAGUGUAUGGCCUGCAGAUAACUCUAGACAAUCUGAUGGGAAUCAGCCUGAGACGCGGUUUGGAGGCUCAAGGACUCGCCGUGUAGUACCAAUGAGAAGAUUAAACAGGCUCCAUCUACCUGAUGACGAUAGUGUUAACAACAGCAUUGAACUCCGGGAGCUACUAAGCAGGAGAAGUGUUUCUAACCUUCUACGUAGUGGCUUCCGUGAGAAUCUGGAUCAAUUGAUACAGUCAUAUGUUGAGAGGAGAGGAGGAGGACUUGCUCACAUUGACUGGGAUUUUCAACCAGAAACAUUGGAUUCUCAAGAACAUCGUAGAGAGCAACAAGGGUUUCUACAGGUCGAGGAUCAGCUUGAUGGCAUCAAUCAAUCACAAACACUGCCAGCUCCACCAAUGCCUCCACCACAGCCGAUAUGGCAUCACACUAGCUACGCUCGUUCUUUGCAUAGAUCUGAAUUUGAAUGGGAGACAAUGAACGACUUGAGAGGAGACAUGGCGAGACUUCAGCAAGGAAUGAGUCAUAUGCAGAGGACUUUAGAAACUUGUAUGGAUAUGCAGUCUGAGCUGCAGCGUUUGGUUAGACAAGAGGUCUCUGCAGCUUUAAACCAAUCUCCUAGUGACAAAGGUCUUGGACCAGGAACAUCCGAAGAUGGGUCAAGAUGGGCUCAUGUAAGGAAUGGGACUUGCUGUGUCUGCUGCGAUGCCGACAUAGAUGCCCUCUUGUACAGAUGUGGGCACAUGUGCACUUGCUCAAAGUGCGGCUACGAGCUGGUCCGAACCGGAGGGAAAUGCCCGUUGUGUAGAGCGCCAAUCCUUGAGGUUAUACGAGCCUAUUCUAUCGCAUAACCCCCUGUGAGAUUGGAGAACAAGAGAAUGGGAUUUUUAUUGAUGUCUGAGAAAGAACAGAUUGUUUCAGCCAUGUAAACUCUCUGAAAGGGAUCAAACCAGGAGCAUACACAUAUUUAUUCUGACAUCAGUUGUUUUUUUUUCAGUUGUUGAGUGUCAUCAUGUACCUCUGUUUAAAGAAAAACAUAACUAAUUGAGUGAUAUUUCACAAAAAUGAUGGGAUGAAAUAAUCAUAUUUGUGCAUACAGAUACACCAUUUGAUAAAUAUAACUAAUAUUGUACGUUGAUGCACA